CGUUGCCAAAAGUAUAUUGCGAGGUGACUCACCUUCCUCCAACGUCAUGAAACAAGCGCUAGAAGAUCCAUUACCACUUGGGCCACGGAUGUUUGAUGCUAUAUUCUUGGGGCCUGUGAAUGGAUCAUAGCAGCCGGCUCACAGCUAUAUUUUCGGAUUGGGUUUAUCGAAACAUUGUGGGCAGGGCAUUUAGCACAGUGGCCGUUCAGGCAGGGCGCAAUUCCCAGAGAAAGAUGGGGAUCCUGGAAAAAGAGGCUCAAAGUACUGCGGAGAGAACUUGGGUCUGACCAGAGAAGUCUGCAGGACAGACUGUUCGAAGCAGGCCAAUACAUGUCGUAUGAGAUAGAUCAAAAGCGCCAGGAGUAUAAAAUCUUUCUAGCAUCAAUAUGGGAAGAGCAAGCAAAUGUAGUUAAAUGGUUGGGUGGCGUGUAAUGCGCCAAGAUCCCGGGGAAGUGCAGGAUGCAUUAGCAAACUGUGGUCACAUUCAUCAUGCCAUGAAAACAUCAAGCCCAUAGUGGCUCAAACUCCCGACGCCAGGCUAUGCAUAUCACUACUAACGCGCCAAUGCCUAGGCGUACAUCAUGUCGCCGUCCUCCUCCUCCUCGUCAUCCUGCACGGCAGGGACCUCCUUCUUCUUCCCCAAGUCUUGACGGCACAUGGGACAUGUACCCUUGCUGCGCAACCAAGGUCCGACGCACUCGAGAUCAAAUCGAUGCCCUCCUUUGCAUGGGAGCUCAACAACGAGGCAAUAUUCGUCUUCUAAAUAGGGCACCUUACAGAUGGCGCAGUCGUCAUCCUUCUUGAGGGUUUUGCGACUGACACGGUCGAUUGAGUCGACAAACUCUUGCGACACCCCAUGCAGGCGAGUGGGAGGAUCGUUGAUAUCAUCUUCGAGAUUCAUUAUCAGAGACUCGAGAAAGUCUCGGUUAUCGUCUGUAGGAGCGGUGGUGUGCAGCUGGUGUAGCUGUUCCUGGAGGAGGCGGAAGAGAGCAGCCGUGUCGACGGGGGUGGGCGUGGCGUGUGGGUUGUGAUGAGGAGUUUGGUCGCCUGAAGGUUCGGCGAUCUGAUCGAGGAGGGAGAAGAAUGAUGACAUGUCUACGCGACGGCCUGAACGGCGGCCUUCAGCAAACUUGACAUUGUGUUCGACUUUGGAAAGUUAGCUAUAAGAUCGAAUGGAGGGGUUGAGGGGGGGGUUAUUUCACGUUACCUUCGUACUGAGUAGCCAUUGUGAAUCCUGGAAAACUGCGUUUGAUUGUUCGUUCGCUGCUGGGGUAAAUAUUGAGAGAGGAAAGCAAGAAUAAUGUGUUGGGAGAAGAGAGGGCGCGCUGGCGUCAAGACGUUGUUGUGUAACGGUCAGACGCAGGCAGAGAUGCUGUCGCAAGUCGAGAGAGAGCUCUUGAGUUGUGGGGUAAGAAAUGAGUGAGUGGAGAACUGGACCCCUGCUUCGAAGUGUGCAGGGGCGCCACAGUUGUGCAGUUAAAGCUGCAGACAGGGCAGGGCAGGGCUGAGGAGGUUGUACGAUUAGGUGCUUACAGCUUCACAUAAAAGCUUGGCCCUUACUAUCGGUUGAUAAUUUAUUCAAGAACAGCCAAGCCAGGUCGAUUUGGAGAAGAAUUGAGACCUUUGCAAUAAAGCAAUUGACUUGAUUGAUCACGAUAUUAUCACAUGUCAACUCAGUUUAAUGUGGCUGAUUACCUACCUAUCCCGCUUGGACCAUGUCGUCACAUCGUUCAGUCCCAAGCUUUCCAUCCGACGGUUUAAAUACUGUGCUUGCGUCCGUCCUGACUGCCUAUCGAUCAACUUGGUUCUGAACUGAUUGUUAUCUUCCGCUUCUCUACCUAUCCAAGUAUCUUACCUUGCCUAGGUACUAUUGUUUUCAUCUUGAUACCCUCAUCUGCUUCUAUUCUUACGAUUCGACACUUGUAUAAACCCUUCACCUACCAUAACCACUAAUUUACCCUAUCGCCAUGUCUUUGCCCUCUGCUGCCAUCAUCGGCUCAACCGGCCUGGUCGGCUCAAACAUCCUUUCAACGCUACUUGCCUCCGAAAUCUACAACCCUGUGCAUACCAUCACCCGACGCGCUCCUAAGGCGACAUCACCUCAUCUCAACGCGAUAGUCGAUGCCGAUACUGCCAAAUGGGCAGAGCUUCUCACAGGGCUCACGCCCAAGCCAUCUGUAGUUUAUUCUGCACUGGGUACCACUCGCGCUCAGGCAGGCGGGAUCGCCAAUCAGUGGAAGAUCGACCAUGACCUCAAUAUCGAACUCGCAAAGUCAUCCAAGGCUGCAGGUGUCUCAACCUUCGUUUUUAUUUCCAGCGCUGGAACACGGUCCCUCCUCUCCUCGUCUUCGCCUUACGCAAAAAUGAAGAACGGAGUUGAAGACGCAAUCAAGGAACUCGACUUUGAGCAAGCCGUGAUUCUCAAGCCCGGCAUGAUCCUCGGUCACAGAGAAGCCAGCCGCACAGUGGAGGGUAUUGCUCAAGGGGCAGUCAACGGUCUUGGCCAUCUCAGCGCUGGUAUCAGAGAUACUCUUGGUCAGGAUGCUGAUGUCAUUGCGAAGGCGGCCGUGAGGGCUGCGCAGUUGGCCAGCGAGGGAAAGGCACCGAGCAAAUACUGGAUCCUUGGUGGAAGCGACAUUAUCAAGUUGGGAAGGACUGAGUGGCCGGGUAGUCAGACUCCCACGGAGACGAAGACCGAGGCUGCUGCGUAGAAUAUUUGCGAGAGUGACUUGACAUAGUCUUUGUGGUGCAGUCAAGACUGUCUCUACCUUUGCACAACGCUUUCGCAGACUGCCAGAAUCAAUUAGCCAUUCAAUGACGUGCUUCCUUAAAUACUCAUUAAUAAAAAGCAUGAAACCAACAGGGCGUUUUCUAAUUCAUAGUGCAUACUCUCCUCCCUCUGCAACACUCAACGGCUCUUGCGAGAGGA